AUGUGUUACUAUGGCAGCUACAAUGGAGGCCUGGGCUAUGGCUAUGGUGGCCUAGGCUGUGGCUAUGGCUGUGGCUAUGGUGGCUAUGGUUAUGGCUGCUGCCGCCCACUGUGCUGUAGAAACUUCUGGUCUUAUGGCUUCUACUGA